AUGCACCUGAAUGCUACAAGACAUCUGAAUGUUACAAAUGCUACCAGACACUUGAAUGCUAUUAGACACUUGAAUGCUACUAAACACCUGAAUGCUACUAGACACUUGAAUGCUACUAGACACCGGAAUGCUACUAGGUCACUUAAUGUUAUUAGACACCUGAAUGCUACUAAACACCUGAAUGAUACUAAACCCUUGAAUACUACUAGACCCUUGAAUGCUACUAGACCUUUGAACGCUACUCGAUCCCUGAAUGAUACUAGACCCCUGAAUGCUACUAGACUCCUGAAUGCAACUAGACUCCUGAAUGUUACUAGACACCUGAAUGUUACAAGACACCUAAAUGUUACUAUACACCUGAAUGCCAUUAGACCCAUGAAUGCUAGUAGACCCUUGAAUGUUACUAGCCUUAUCAAUGCUACUAGACCCUUGAAUGUUAUUAGACCCUCAAACGUUACUAUGAAUGCUACUGGACACCUGAAUGCUACUAGACACUUGAAUGUUCUAGACACCUAA